GCGGGAGCGUUCCGCCUCGCGCCGGAGGCCCCCAGGCGUGGAGCUGCGAAACCAUCGGCAGCGUCUGGCGCUUCUGAGCUCUGGUGGGCGAGGACCUGCGGGUUUCCUCCAGCCGGGGAGGACGCAGAGCGGAGGCGGAGGCCGAGGCAGUUUUUAGGCCUUAGGCCCGGCGGGCCGGGGCGGGGGAGACGCGCCCAGCAUUCGCCAUCCCGGGCGCGUGCGGUCCUCUUGGGACCUCGCCGGCGACCCGUAGCUCGGGCACGCGCUUGUCGCAGCCCGCAGGAAGGAGGGGUCCGGCCUGAGGCCCGGGGCGGCGGCCUCCAUGGAGAUCCCCUCGGCCCAGGGCCGGCGGCUGGGGCCUCGGGGGCGGCCCUGACCGCCCUCCUCCCUGCCGAGGCCGGGUCGCGGACGUGCCCCCUGCGGCCUUCGGCCACCUCUGCGUCUCCGCCCUCCCCCGGCCGCGCUGCUGCGUGGGCGCGGCGGCGGCGGCGGCGCCCUGUUGAAUGGGCUGUGAGGGCCCGGGUUUGAGGCGCUGGCGAACGCGGCCUCCGGGGGCGCAAGGCAGCAGCAGCGGUGGCGACCAAACGGGUGUUGGAGUUGGCGGCGGCCAUGGAGGGCCUGGCUGGCUAUGUGUACAAGGCGGCCAGCGAGGGCAAGGUGCUGACCCUGGCCGCCUUGCUUCUCAACCGGUCUGAAAGCGACAUCCGCUAUCUGCUGGGCUAUGUCAGCCAGCAGGGAGGGCAGCGCUCCACGCCCCUCAUCAUCGCAGCCCGCAAUGGGCACGCCAAGGUGGUGCGCUUGCUGUUAGAACAUUACCGGGUGCAGACUCAGCAGACUGGCACCGUCCGCUUCGACGGGUAUGUCAUUGACGGUGCCACCGCUCUUUGGUGUGCAGCAGGAGCCGGCCAUUUUGAAGUCGUUAAACUUUUAGUCAGCCAUGGAGCCAACGUGAACCACACCACAGUAACCAACUCAACCCCCCUGCGGGCAGCAUGCUUUGACGGCAGACUGGACAUUGUGAAAUACUUGGUUGAAAAUAAUGCCAACAUCAGCAUUGCCAACAAAUACGACAACACCUGCCUGAUGAUUGCAGCAUAUAAGGGCCAUACCGAUGUGGUCAGAUACCUUUUAGAACAGCGUGCUGAUCCCAAUGCUAAAGCACAUUGUGGGGCCACAGCACUGCACUUUGCGGCUGAAGCCGGGCAUAUCGAUAUCGUGAAAGAGCUGAUAAAAUGGCGUGCUGCUAUAGUAGUGAAUGGCCAUGGGAUGACGCCCUUAAAAGUAGCUGCCGAAAGCUGUAAAGCCGAUGUCGUCGAACUGUUGCUCUCUCAUGCUGAUUGUGACCGAAGAAGUCGGAUUGAAGCUUUGGAACUCUUGGGUGCCUCCUUCGCAAAUGACCGUGAGAACUAUGACAUCAUGAAGACGUACCACUAUUUAUAUUUAGCCAUGUUGGAGAGGUUUCAAGAUGGUGAUAACAUUCUGGAGAAAGAGGUUCUCCCACCAAUCCAUGCUUAUGGGAAUAGAACUGAAUGUAGAAAUCCUCAGGAACUGGAAUCCAUUCGGCAAGACAGAGAUGCUCUUCAUAUGGAAGGCCUUAUAGUUCGGGAACGGAUUUUAGGUGCUGACAAUAUUGAUGUUUCCCAUCCCAUCAUUUACAGGGGAGCUGUUUAUGCAGAUAACAUGGAAUUCGAACAGUGUAUCAAGUUGUGGCUGCAUGCCCUGCACCUGAGACAGAAAGGUAACAGGAACACCCACAAGGAUCUUCUUCGAUUUGCUCAAGUUUUCUCACAGAUGAUACAUUUGAAUGAAACUGUGAAGGCCCCAGACAUAGAAUGUGUUCUGAGAUGCAGUGUUUUGGAAAUAGAACAGAGUAUGAACAGAGUAAAAAAUAUUCCAGAUGCUGAUGUCCACAAUGCUAUGGACAAUUAUGAAUGUAAUCUCUAUACCUUUCUCUAUUUAGUGUGCAUCUCCACCAAAACACAGUGCAGUGAAGAAGAUCAGUGCAAAAUUAACAAGCAGAUCUACAACCUGAUUCACCUUGAUCCCAGAACUCGGGAAGGUUUCACCUUGCUGCAUCUAGCUGUCAACUCGAAUACCCCGGUUGAUGAUUUCCACACCAAUGAUGUCUGCAGCUUUCCAAAUGCACUCGUCACAAAGCUGCUGCUGGACUGUGGUGCUGAGGUGAAUGCUGUAGACAAUGAGGGGAACAGUGCCCUUCACAUUAUCGUUCAGUACAACAGGCCAAUCAGUGAUUUUUUAACCUUGCACUCUAUCAUCAUUAGCCUGGUUGAAGCUGGCGCUCACACUGACAUGACGAAUAAACAGAAUAAGACUCCACUAGACAAAAGUACCACUGGGGUAUCUGAAAUACUACUUAAAACUCAAAUGAAGAUGAGUCUCAAGUGCCUGGCUGCCCGAGCAGUUCGGGCUAAUGACAUUAACUACCAAGACCAGAUCCCCAGAACUCUUGAAGAGUUUGUUGGAUUUCAUUAAGUGACUGGAUAUGUAAAAUCGUUUAAUGUGGUGCUAAAAGUAAAGGACUUUAAUCACAGACAAUAGAAUUAUGUGUUCGUAAAUUCUACUUUUCUUUCCACUACCCUUCCUCCCUACCCAUCCUUCCUUAGUUCUGUAUUUGGUCUUUUUGCCUUAUAACGGUUAUUAAUUUCAAAUACACUUUAAACAAAGCCACAUUGUUUAGGUGUAACUAUAAGGUAUCUGGAUAUUGGUCA